AGAGAGGAGAUUUGGUUGGAAGUCACAGUCCUCAUCGUCUUCAUCAACAUCUUAGAUCCAUUUGGACCAAAACAAGAUAUCAACUUUUCAACCUCUCUCGUUCUUCUCAAAAUUCACCAUUUUCCUUACAAAAAAAUUCACCAUUUUCUGGGACCUCACCGAGGUUGUUGAAUUGUAUCUUGUACUGAACGGGCUAUGAUUCUAUUGGGUUUUCUCUUUUAAACUUAUAGGACAGAGGAUAACAAGAAAUUCCCAUGUCUGGAAAUUUCCCUCAAGUCCUGAUUCGGGGUUUAUCAGGUUGCAUUUUCUUAAGCGCUGGAUUAUCUUGGAGAUAGAAAGAAAGAGAAUAUGAGGGUGAGGAACCAAUAUAGGAAAUCAACCCCUUUAUGUUGUAAUGCUGGAAGCAGACGUUCAGGGUCUGUUGUAGUCUGGAGCUUGGUGGGGUUUCUCCUAAUGCUUCAUUUAUACUCUCUUGUUAGUCACAAUGAUGAGGUGGCUGGAGAGAUCCGAUUGCAUAUGAGGCAUCAUCCGCUAGUACGUGAACUUGAACAGGUAGAGGAGGAGAAUAUUCAAAUUCCCCCUCCAAGGGGAAGGCGAUCUCCGCGUGCUGCUAAAAGGAGACCUAAGAGAACAACCACUCUAAUUGAUGAAUUUCUUGAUGAGAAUUCCCAACUUCGCCAUGUUUUCUUUCCUGGUAUGAAAACUGCUAUAGAUCCAAUGAAGGAUGCAAGAAAUGACACCUUCUACUAUUAUCCUGGGAGAAUUUGGUUAGACACUGAGGGAAAUCCCAUUCAAGCUCAUGGAGGUGGUAUCCUUCAUGAUGAAAGAUCUGGUACAUACUAUUGGUAUGGAGAGUAUAAAGAUGGACCUACCUACCAUGCUCAUAAAAAGGGAGCAGCACGGGUUGACAUCAUAGGUGUUGGCUGUUAUUCCUCCAAUGACUUAUGGACAUGGAAAAACGAGGGUCUUGUCCUGCCUGCAGAAGAGACAAAUGAAACCCAUGAUCUGCAUAAAUCCAAUGUGCUUGAGCGGCCCAAAGUGAUUUACAAUGAGAAGACAGGGAAAUAUGUAAUGUGGAUGCAUAUUGAUGACACCAACUACACUAAGGCUUCUGUUGGCAUUGCCAUCAGUGAUUACCCAACAGGUCCCUUUGAUUAUCUCCAUAGCACAAGGCCCCAUGGAUUUGAGGGCAGGGACAUGACAAUCUUCAAAGACGAUGAUGGUGUAGCCUAUCUCAUAUAUUCCUCUGAAGACAAUAGUGAACUUCACAUUGGACCACUGACUGAAGAUUAUUUGGAUGUGACACCAAUCAUGAGAAGGAUUCUUGUUGGGCAGCACAGGGAAGCCCCAGCACUAUUUAAGUAUCGGGGAACUUACUACAUGAUCACAUCAGGGUGCACUGGCUGGGCCCCAAAUGAAGCCCUGGCACAUGCAGCUGAGUCAAUUAUGGGGCCAUGGGAGACACUGGGAAACCCUUGCAUAGGAGGAAACAAGAUGUUUAGGCUCACAACAUUUUUUGCACAGAGUACCUACGUUAUUCCUUUGCCAGGAUUUCCAGGUUCAUUUAUCUUCAUGGCAGAUCGGUGGAAUCCAGCUGACUUGAGGGACUCAAGAUACAUAUGGUUACCUAUGAUAGUAGGAGGCCCUGCAGACCGGCCUCUUGAAUUCAAUUUUGGAUUCCCAUUAUGGUCAAGGGUGUCAAUUUAUUGGCAUAAGAAGUGGAGGCUUCCCUCAAGAUGGAGAGCAUUGCAGUAAUGCAGGGUGUUAUUACUUUUCUAACAUAGUUAAUAGUGUAUCAUAUGUUAAGGCUCCUCAAUUUUUUUCCCCAUUGGUUUCCUUUGUUGUCCCUGCGAUUUGCAUACCACUUUUUUGCCCAGACAACAGAAUGAAUUGCUGUACAAUUUCAGUCCUAGGCUCUCUACCAGUGCACUUAAUCACGUCUUUGUUUCUAUGAUAUUAAUAUAUUGGAAAAUGAAGAGUUGAUGUUAAU